GGGGGGGAUUAGAAGGAUAUUUUAUUUUCUAGAGGGAAAAGAAUAUCCGUUCGUUGCAUUAAUCAUCGCCGUUCUCCACCAUGACGACAAUCGGAUUCCGCCUUUUCUCAGUUCCUGCCGCCGUUUCACCACCUUCUCAAAGUCCGAACAGCGAUCAAUUUCAAGAAAGCCAAACGCUGCGCCAUCAACUUCCGAUUACUACAUCUCGCAGAGGCCUCACCAUGCUCUCAUUUAUCUCUGCAAUGCCGUCUCUGUUUCUUCCCGCUCCCGCCAGUGCUUUCGAUAUCGGCAUUUCAGGACCAAAGGAUUGGUUGAAGGAGCAGAAGAAGAAGUCCUCCAAAUUCCUCUUGGCACCAAUUGAGGCCUCCAGAGACAGCCUUCAAACAGUUUACCUUUUGCUUUCCAACGAUUCCGAUUACUCAAAUAAGGAUAUGGAGGAUGUUCAAAGACUGCUUAAGUCCGCUGCAAGGGAUUGCGUUUUGAAGGACAGAAGUUCGUUUGUUCAAUUCCAAGCGAGCACUGGAGUCGAGGUCUGUACAUUCCAAUUGAUUGUGAAAAAUGCAGCCUCCUUGCUUGGAAACAAAGAUCCUAUAAAACUAGAAGCUGAAAAUCUAUUAAAGGAUCUAGUAAGCUCUUUCACAUCUCUGAACAGUCUUGCUUAUGAAACUGAUAUUCAAGUCAAUUCCAAUAGACAAAAAGUACUGGAUGCACUGAAUGAUACCAUGACUUCCCUCGACAAAUUUGAGAAGGGUAUUAAGGAUUGUCUUGAAAUUUAACUCCAAUUAACUUUUUCUGUAAUUAUAUUUUUCUUGUCUAAACAAGCAACAACUAGAUGAAACCAAAAGAAAAGCUUUUAAGCUCAAUCUCAGUUAGCUUCUUUAUUGCUAAAUCUAGUGAUUUUAAAGUUAAACGCGAACAGACUCACCUUUAUUACACAAUUAAAUCUGUAAUGUGCUUAUGGGUGCGUGAUGUGUAUAUUCAUAUUUAGUUUGGAAUAAUUAUAUAUCUUGCAAA